AUGACAGAAGUGUCGUACAGCUACUCGCGUCUCCGCAGGGAGUUUGGGCGGAUGCCGGAGUUCCAAGCCAACGAAGGUGAGAUACUCAGCGACAUUGCACCAAAUCGUGGCUUGAAAAACCACUACACGAAGCUUGACCCUUGCGAAACGGAAAUUCAAAACGUGCCGUCGCUCUCCGAGAGUAGCACAAACACCGAGCGAAUUAAGCUGCGGCACCACGCUCAGUCACACAUUGAAGGCGGUUGGCCACAAGGUGUUGACCCCACAGAGUUUGAGGAGAAAAUGAAGUACUGCAAGAAAGUGGAGCGCGAGGAAAGCUACCUGUCGUCGUGCCGUCGCCUCGUUUACCAGUGCACGGAUAAGUACAUCAAGCAGAAUAAUGCCAUUGACAUUUACGGCACAUAUUUCAGUGAAGGCCCCCCAGUUGAGGAUGAAUCGCUGGGCCCGCCGGCUGCGAAGAUUGUGUCGGUCUUUAAGGAUCCCAAUACUGAGAAACGCACAGCUGCAUCGAUCUCGUGGCAGAAUGACGGGCGCAGAUUCGCUGUGGCGUACUGCCGUCUGCGAUUCCAAAGCAACGCCCCGACAAUGAACACCAAUUCUUAUGUAUGGGACGUGAUGAAUCCCAACGCGCCGGUGGAAACAUUGGUCACGCCCUCACCGCUGUGCAGCAUUGAGCACUACCCGAAGGACCCACACAUCAUCGCUGGUGGAAGUUGGAACGGAAUUGUGCAGUAUUGGGACACGCGCCAGCCGACACGCCCCUCCGCUCGCUCCCUUAUUGAGGAGAGCCACAAGGACCCCGUCUGGGCGAUACGGUGGCUGCAAAGCAAAUCCGGCGAGCUGCUCUCGGUAUCCACGGAUGGCGAAGUGUACAUAUGGGACUGCCGCAUCCCUGACAAGCCGCUUGAGUUGCACAAAUUCCCAGAGGACUCUUUGCUGCUCCACCCGAAGAGCAACGAGGGUGGCUCCAAGGGGGUCCUUGGCGGACUCUGUCUGGACUACGACCCUCAGGUUGGUGGUCCGUCAAAGUACAUGAUCGGGACAGAGCAAGGUACCAUUCUCUCAUGUAAUCGGAAGGGCAAGACACAGGCGGAUAAGAUCGGCCCCAACACGUUUAAUGGCCACCACGGACCUGUGUACUCUGUGCAGCGCAAUCCCUUCUUCUCAAAGUACUUUUUGUCUGUUGGUGACUGGACGGCGCGGAUGUGGUUUGAGGAUUUCAAGUUCACGCCUUUGUUUAGCACCUUCUACCACAAGUCGUAUCUCACGAGCGGCUCUUGGCAUACGGUGCGGCCCGGUGUGUUCUUUACCACCCGAAUGGAUGGAUGCCUUGAUCUGUGGGACUUGAUGCUGCGCCAGUCCACCCCUACCCUAAGCGUGCAAGUGUCAGACUAUGCCCUUCACACAGCGAAGCCAACUGUGGAGGGAAAACAUAUUGCCGCAGGUUGCAUUGACGGCAGCGUGACGCUCCUGGAGCUCUCGCCCUCGCUCUACACAAUGAUGCCAGAUGAAAAGGGCAUUAUUGGCCAGCUGUUGGAGAAUCAGAGCGUCCGUGACAAGAAUCUAGACCGCGCUGGAAAGGAAAAACGUGCAGCUGCAAAACAGCGUGAGCGCCGUAGCACGCACGUGCAUGGUGUCACCCAACUGACUGAGGGUCUGGAGGAGUACUUGGAAAAGAUGACUGAGGAUUACAAGACGGUUGUGGAGGAGGACAAGAGUCGCAAUCUUCAGCAGCUCGAAGACUUGGAAGGUAAGCGUCGGAAGCUGCUGGAAGACAUUGGGGACGGAAUGGAGGUUGACGCUGAGUAA